AUGCAGCGUCAGCCCUGCUUCUGCGCCAAUCAUCACCGCACAAGUACCCUUGCCAAGGAAGAGAACCGCCGACCUCGUCUCACCGCUGCGACGGCAGAGCGUCUCCACCACUCGGGAGCGACCACACGCAGGAGUCUGCAGAUGCCAUCACCGCUAGUUUCUCCGGCCCUGAUCCACUGGUCCUCGAUGCUGCCAGCGCUCUGCCAGCCUGCACUAUGCGUCGCGGGCACACGCCAUGUUGGAUAG